AUGCAGUGUCGGCUCUUUUUUGCAGCCCUGGCUGCUGCAGUUACCCUCACUUUUGCCCAGCAAGCACCGGACUGCAAUGCCUUCGAGAAAACCUGCCCGUCUAACAAGGGCAACACCAAUGGCCAUAUCAACUACGACUUGACGCAGCCUUUGGCUUUGAAUGAAUGGACAACACUUGGUGGGGCAGUGGUCACUGGGACUGAUGGUGCGGAAUUCACGAUCCACAAACAAGGAGAUGCCCCGACAAUUGUGACUGACUACUACAUCUUCUAUGGUGAGGUAUCUGUUGAAAUGAAGGCUUCCCCUGGUACUGGUAUUGUCAGUGCGGUUUACAUGCUCUCCGAUGCCAAUGACGAGAUUGACUGGGAAGCACUGGGUGGCUCUACCGACAAAUUGCAGUCAAAUUACUACGGCAAGGGUGAUAACAGCGAGGAUUACGAUCGCUGGACCUGGGAGAUGGUGACGACCCCACAGGAAGUAUUCCAUAAAUACGCAUGGAUUUGGUCCAAGGAGAAACUGUCCUGGGCGAUCGAUGGCACCGUUGUCCGGACAGUCAACUAUGCAGAUGCCAAAGAUGGCACUCGCUUCCCACAGACGCCGAUGCGCGUGAGAAUUGGUAUCUGGGCAGGGGGUGAUCCGAGUAGGAUCAAGGCCACGAUCGAUUGGGCCGGUGGCAAGACCGACUAUUCCAAGGCCCCCUUCACGAUGUAUGUCAAGUCGGUUGAGAUUAUCAACUACACUCCAGCCGAGAGCUAUGUCUAUUCCGAUAAAUCUGGCUCUUCAGACAGUAUCGGGAUUAAUGGAGCCGUCUCCGCGGGCGAGGCUUCCACCUCGACCAGUUCCACUAUUCCAACUACUAGCGAUACUGCUUCGUUGGCUUCAUCUUCUACCGUUUUAUCUACUACGGCCUCAUUCGCCACUUCGAGCCCAGCCAAGUCAGGAAAUUCAACCACAGUUGACAUUGCCAUACCUCCCUCAUCUGCUACGGAUUUGUCGUCUUCACUCUCAUCCUUGGGAGUUUCGGGUUCUUCUUCCAAUUCUUUUAGUUCCGCCAGCUCCCCCUCAUGA